CACACUUUGUUAUUGUUUUCAUGUUGCGUUCAGAGCCGCGUGCGGGAAAAAUUUGUGAAAAUUAAAUAUCGGUACAUACGCUGCGCGGUUCAAUACCGACUCUAUUUCUAUAUAUUUUCUACUUAGUUCCUUACACUAGUCAAACAAUUCGCGUAUUGUGUUUUUAACCCGAAUAAAACGUAUUUACAGUAACAAUGUCUCAGUCCCAGGCAAAGGAACCCAAAUAUGAUCUAACAAAAAUAUCUGCACGUGUGGAUCGUGUUAAGGUCAGUGGAUUGCUGCGUACCCACAAUGAUUAUGUGAUGCGAGCAGCCGAUGGCCUCUUCAAAGCUGCCAAUUUCCAGGAGCUUAUGAUGGAGGCCAUGUCCGCAAGAUCCUAUUUACAUGAAUUGGGAAUUUUCAAGGAUGUGAGCGUGCAUAUUGAUAUAAGUCGUGGUGCAGAUGCCACACCCGGACAGGGUUAUGAGGUUACACUUAGUGGCAAGGAAUAUAGUCGUGUGAUGGGUUCAGCUGGCACAGAGAUUGGACAAAAUGAAGGAUCGCUGAGGACCGAGCUAACUAUACCAAAUUUAUUUGGACGUGGCGAGAGCAUCUCAUUGCAAGGCACAUACAGCAGCACGAGAGCCAAUGAUUUGCAAUUGAAAUUCUGGAAGCCAUUCUUUCACACACGUUUUCGCGAAAACCGACCAGAAAUAUCGCUAAGCAUAUUUCGCCAAACCGAUCGCUUCGAUAUAAGUUCAUUUCAGACCACCAAUUUGGGUUAUGUGGCCGAUUUUUCAGUGCAUACUAUGCUGGGAUUAGAUUUAACCCACUCAUUGCAAUAUGAAAAUUCUAUACGUGAGUUGAAUCUACUCAAUAAUAAAUCGGCUCCAUUUGGAAUUAGAGAGCAUUGUGGACCCAAAUUGGCAUCAUUGUUGCGCUAUUCUGUAGUCUAUGACAACCGAGAUGGCACUGUCUUUCCAACGCGAGGCAUUUUAUUAAAAUCAACAAAUGAAUAUUGUGGUUUGGGUGGCAAUGUGGCCUAUGUCAGCAGCACAGUCCAUGGUGAGGUUAAUGUUCCUCUCAUACCUGGAAUUGUGGCACAAUUUUGUGGCCGCGUGGGCAUCAUGAAGGAGACAAAGAACACGACACAGCUGCCUAUAAGCAACCUAUUCUACUGCGGUGGCCCUCUGACUCUGCGAGGCUUUAAAUUUGGCGGCGCUGGGCCAGUUAUGGAAGGCACGCCAAUCGGUGCUCAGACGUUCUGGUGUACGGGUGCCCAUAUCUGGGCCCCAUUGCCCUUUGCGGGAGUCUUUAAGAGUUUUGCAAACAAUUUCAGACUGCAUUUCUUUUAUAAUUUCGGCAAUAGCAAUAAUUUUAGUACAGAAAAUAUGCGAAGUGCUUUUGGCAUGGGUCUGGCCCUCAAAUUGGCGGAACGAGCAAGAAUUGAACUUAACUAUUGCAUACCUGUGAAACGACAAAAUACUGAUAAAAUCUCAAAUGGCUUUCAAUUUGGCAUUGGCUAUGAGUUUGUCUAAUCGAAUAAUCCUUUUGAGAACGUUAUUAGAGUCACAAAAAAUGUCCUUACCCCACCACACACAGAGAGACAUCUACCUUAACUAGAACCAAGUCAUAUUUAAUUGUUUUUGUUUGUAUUUCCCAUUCGUCAAAUGCAUUUGAAAAAUUUCCUAAAACAAAUUGAUUUAAGUAAGCUUAAGAAUCGUGUACAUAAUACUUAAAGACAUUAAAACGAGAUUGUUAAACGAUCUGAGGAAAAAACUA